AUGGUCUUCCUCUUGUACGCCUCCCUCUUAGUCGUGGGGGCUAUUGUCCCCUCGGCGAAUGCCCUUCGAGUCUCCACGUCCGAGGAUGGCUCAUCUUCCCUCGUGUUUCGCAACGGUGCCUUCUCCGUGGCCAACACCAUCUACACCGGGUCGGCUGCCGGAGAUAAGGCUCUGUUGGCCGCAAGCGCAGAUGAACAUAGGAGACGCGUUUCUUCGACCGUUCGAUACACAGAAAUCUCACCGGGCGUGGUUCAGGUGGAUAUCGUACCCCUUCAAGUUCCUGGUGAUGAACUAGCUCCAGAUGAUCCGAUAGAGGUAGACCCUCCUGUCGUUGACGUUCCCGACGGCGGUGAGGAACAGGACCCUGAUGAGCAAGUUCCUGAUGAGGAGGAUCCGGAAGAGGGAGACGGGGAAAAUGAGGAAGUGAUUGUCGAGGAUCCUGAGCCUGAGCCCGAGCCUGAACCAGAACCAGAGCCCCAACCAGAAGAACCUGAACCCGAGCCUGAGCCAGAACCCGAGCCAGAACCCGAGCCGGAACCGCAACCAGAGCCUGAACCCGAACCAGAACCAGAACCUCAGCCAGAACCUGAACCCGAGCCAGAACCUGAGCCCCAGCAGCCGGAGCCAGAACCACAACCACAACCAGAACCGGAACCUGAGGAACCUGAGCCUGCCCCAGAACCCGAACCAGAGCCAGAGCCAGAGCCAGAGCCGGAGCCAGAGCCAGAACCAGAGGUACCUGAACCCGAGCCAGAAGAACCUCAACCUGAACCCGAGCCGGAGCCAGAACCAGACGUACCUGAGCCUGAGCCAGAACCCGAGCCAGAACCGGAACCGGAACCGCAACCAGAGCCUGAACCUGAACCCGAACCCGAACCACAGCAGCCAGAACCUGAGGAACCAGAACCAGAACCUCAGCCAGAACCUGAACCCGAGCCAGAACCUGAGCCUCAGCAGCCGGAGCCAGAACCACAACCACAACCAGAACCGGAACCUGAGGAACCUGAGGAACCUGAGCCUGCCCCAGAACCUGAACCCGAACCUGAACCCGAACCAGAGCCAGAGCCAGAGCCAGAGCCAGAGGUGCCUGAACCCGAGCCGGAACCGGAACCAGAACCUGAGGAGCCUGAGCCGCAGCCAGAACCUGAACCUGAACCAGAGCCAGAGCCACAAGAACCACAACCACAACCAGAACCGGAACCGGAACCCCAGCCAGAGCCAGAGCCCCAGCCAGAACCUGAGCCGGAGCCGGAGCCGGAGCCAGAACCACAAGAACCAGAGCCACAACCAGAACCGGAACCUGAACCCCAACCAGAGCCUGAGCCCGAGCCAGAGCCAGAACUCCAGCCCCAGCCUCAACCCGAGCCCGAAGAACCCUUCACCGGCAUCAUCACAACCUCAAGCUUCACCUUCGAAUCCAACGACACAAUCUACGGCGUCUGGGAAUACCCCUUCAACGGCAGCAUCGCCAACCACGACAUAACAUUCCCCGUAAAGGGCCUCUUCGGCUCCCAGCCCGGCAUCAACUACGCCAACGCCCGCGCCCCCUUCUUCUUCACGCGCUCCGGCUUCGGCGUCUACGUCGACACCCUCGCCAUGGGGACCUUCGCCUUCGAGGGGUCCACUGCGAGCUUCUCUUUCGCUGCUGAGGAGGAGGUCAGCUAUAAGGUGCUGUUUAAUCCGGAUCUAAAGGCGCUGUUGAGGGAGUAUGCGGAGUUGUCGUCGAAGCCGGAGUUGCCGCCGGAUUCGGGGUAUGGACCGGUUUUCUGGUCGGAUAAUAUUUUGAGGGAUUUCCAUGGGUCGGUGGAGAAUGCCGAGGAAAAUCUGUAUGAUGUUGUGGAUCAUUUGUAUUAUAACGAGAUUCGCGCCACGGCAAUGUUUGCUGAUAGACCGUAUGGCACCGGAAACAUGUCUUUCGGCAACUUUGACUUCGAUCCCGAGUUCUUCCCCGAUCCGGAGGCCUUCAUCGCCAACAUCACCGAGUGGGGCUACGACUUCCAGGUUUGGGUUGCCAACAGAGCCUUCCUCGACACCGAGCUCUACACAACCGCUCUGGAAAACGGCUGGCUCUUCCCCGGCAUCAACGGCGAAGAAUUCCUCGGCCCGGCCCUCGACCUCACCAUCCCCGAAGCUUACGAGUACUUCCAGGAGAGACUCCGCUACUUCGCCGACAUUGGCGUCAAGGGCUUCAAGAUUGAUCGUGGCGAGGAGCACGAACUUCCAGAUGAGCUCCAAAACCUCCACAAUACCAUCUUCCAGCAACUUUGCCACGAAGUAAUGGUCGACAAAUGGGGCGCCGGCAACUUCUUCUCCUUCUCGCGCUCCGUCGUCGACCGGGCGCGUUCUCUCACGGCCGUCUGGAACGGAGACUCCCAGGCGGACUGGGAAGGUCUCGCCUUCUCCGUUGCCUCGGGUAUCCGCGCAGGUCUUCUUCUUUUCUCUACCUGGGGAUCUGAUAUUGGCGGCUACACGAGGCCCGAUGAAACCACACCCAGCGAGGAGCUUUGGGCUCGCUGGAUGCAAUUCGGAGCCUUCUCGCCUCACUAUGUAAGUUAUUAUCCCAUUUACUUGCGUGACUUCACGGUGAUGGAAGUGUUUCUUACACUCGCCAUCCUGCAGGAAAUCAUGGUUGGAGAUGGCCACACGCCCUGGUACGAACCCUACAGCAGCGAGCUCCUCGAUGUCCUCAAGAAGACCGCCGACUGGCACACCCGCCUCAUCCCCUACAUCCGCUCCUACACCUACCAAUCCACGCAAACGGGAAUUCCCGUCAUCCGCGCCCUCUUCCUCGAAUACCCCGUCGACGGCACCAUCUACGAGACGGGCGACGCCUACGCCUUUGGCGCGGAAUUCUUCGUGGCACCCUUCAUCGCUGAGGGUGGCGUGCGUACCGUGUACUUCCCAGAUGCUGGCGAGAACUCGGCGUCGCGCAAGUUCGUCGAUUGGUUCAACAAGACCGCCAUCUACCACGGAGGUACGGAGAUAGAGGUCGCCCUGCCGCUCGACGAGUUUCCCGUCUACGUACGUGAGGGGUCCAUCGUCCCCACGGGUGACAUCUACCAGGGUAAUGCCAAGUGGAUCGAGGACUGGAAACCUACACUCGAGAUCGAGUUCUACCCCAGCUACGCCGUCGAGGAGUCUAGGUUCGAGUACCUAAGGGCCGAUGGCGAGAUCGCCGUCAUCACCAUGAGGACGAACCGUGAGGCCGAGACCGUAUUGGUCCAGACCGACGCCCUGGGUGUCGAGGGCGUCUUCAAGGUCUACAGCAAGACUGGCGCCGCGGAAAUUCCCUUCACGCCGGAUUCGAUGAGCUUCCUGAUGGACAAGGUCGCCACGCUCUUCGAUUAA